AUGGAUCAGGACUUUGAAAGCCCUAUUGUUAAACAAAAAGUAUUCCCUUCAGAAGGGGCUCAAGCUUCUGGAAGUUCUUUUGAGGCCCCCGUUCUGAAUUUUUCAAAAGGCAAGAGCAAGCUGCCUGAGUAUGAGUUUGUUGAUGUUGCUCUGCUUCAAAACAAAUUUGGGGAUGAUUUUCAACCUUUAAGUGCUGAAGGUGAAAAGAUUUCUGCCUCUAGUUCUGGUCCAGUCAAUCCAAUUUAUCAACAUAAAAAUCAAGUCAUGGUUGAGCAACUGAGAGGAAAGAUGCUAGUCAUGAAGCAUUCUAACCAAAAUUCUCUAGGGGAUCACCCUGAGAUGUUUUUUAGGGAGACUGGGAAGAAAUUUACAGACAAGUAUGGAGAUCGUUCUGGCAUUUUGAUGUGGGGAUAUGAUGCAGAUAAGAAAAUGUGGAUCGUAAAGUGUUACAGCGAACAGAUUGAGUAUUAUGAGAAAUAA